AUGUCUAAUUUUUUCAAAACUUUACAAGCAAGCCCGGCAGAUGUGAUUUCCUUGGACUCGUUUGAAGCUUUACAAUCAGUCAAAUCUCAUGUUGAUGAAGUUAUCAAUCUUUACAAAAAGAGUGAACCAACAAAGAAGACUGAUUUCGAAGAAAUUACUAUUACUGGCCUAGAUGCCAGACAAGUAUGGUGGCAAACGAAAAUGGUCCUAGACGAUGUGGAAGCCGAUCUGUUGGAGAAAAUAGAUGACCUCAGAAAUGUGAUAGAUUCCACCAGUAGCGAUGAAGACGAGGAGCUAAAAGAGGUGUUAGAAGGGAGAGAAGGGUACGAAUCCACGAAUUCGAGAAGUGAAGAUGCAUAUGAAAGUGAUCGAUCUUCAGAAAUACUUGAAAGCUCAGGGGAAGAGCAGAAAGAAGAAUUACAAGAAGAAAACGAAGUUACCUCUGAGGAAGCAGUAGCAGAUAAAUUGCAGUUUGAACAGCAGGAACCAUAUGAGGACGAAGGUAAGCAUACUUUUAGACUUUCUCAGGAUCUAAAGGAAGGCGCCGCUAUGGAAUCAGGUCAGGAAGCAGUUGGCGAAAAGGAGCCAGAGGCCAAGACGGAUAAAUAUGGGCUGAAUGACGAUUUCUUCAAUUUCAAUGAGUUCAAUAGACAGACUUUGGAGGCUGAAGAAAAUAGCGGUUCGACUGAUGGUACCGAUGAAUCUAUUGAUUAUUUUGAAGAUGUGCCAUCAGAUGAAGAUGAGGAAGCUAUUUACUAUGAAGAUUUUUUUGAUAAACCAGCAUCAAAAAAUGUCAGCACCAAAAGCCAAAGGGGCAGUGAAGAGAUGCAAGAAGAUUUGACAAAUGCUGAUUAUCAAAGUGCUCUAAAAUUUGCCAAAUUAGAUUUAUUUGCAGAAGAUGAAGACGUAUCAGACGAAGAAGACAACAGUAAAGAGUAUGAAGAAAAGCAUUCUUCCCAUCAAAAGCAGCAAUCAAGAAUCCAAAUGCAGAUUGAAGAAUUGGAAAAGGAAGCUGUUGCAGAGAAAAAGUGGGCCUUGAAAGGUGAGGUUAAAGCGCAGGAUCGCCCGGAGGAUGCGUUGUUGACUGAGGAGAUUGAAUUUGACAGGACAGCAAAGCCAGUACCUGUGAUCACAGCUGAAGUCACAGAAUCUUUAGAAGACAUGAUCAGACGAAGAAUUAAAGACGAAAAUUUUGAUGAUCUCCAAAGAAGAGUGCUGGUUGACUUAACUGCCCGUUCAAGGAAACCUCAAUUUGAGCUAAGUGAUCAAAAGUCGUCUAAAUCUCUCGCGGAUAUCUACGAAGAUGAUUACAAACAUGUAUCACAGGAUGCUACCAUCACCGAAGAGCUCAAAAAAUCUCAUGAUGAAAUAUCGGAACUUUUCACAAAUCUUAACUAUAAAUUAGAUGCAUUGUCAUCAGCACAUUUUAUCCCCAAACCUCCACAGAAAUCACUAGAGGUUAGGGUAGAGACCGAUGCUAUUACAAUGGAGGAUGCUCAACCAUUAAGUAUGUCGUCAGCUUCAGCCCUAGCUCCUCAAGAAAUAUAUUCUGUUGGGAAAUCUGAUAAUUCGAAUGAAAUCAGACUCAAGGAUGGAACUACCAUGGCGAAGGAUGAAAUGAGCAGAGAAAAUAAAAGCAGGUUACGCAGAGCAAUUAAAAGAAAGAGGUCGAAAGCUAUCAAAGACCAUCAAAGCAAGCCUAAUAAGCAAAGUAAAAAGGAAUCCGCCAUCGAGACACUUUCCAGAGCGAAAAAUGUUACUGUCAUAGAUAAAAAGGGAGGUAAGAGCGAUGUUAGGGGCAAUAUCAAGAGCUCUUCGACUUCACUUAAUAACCAUGGUCAUCAAAUUAAAUUGUAG